GCGGCGUUGAGUUGUUCAUUCAGUCACGGUAAGGAGGCAAAAGAAAACAACAGCAAGAGGAUGAGAGAGAUUGUCCACAUCCAGGCUGGCCAGUGUGGCAACCAGAUUGGUGCCAAGUUUUGGGAGGUCAUCAGUGACGAGCAUGGAAUUGACCCCAGUGGAAAUUAUGUGGGUGACUCAGACUUGCAAGUGGAGCGAAUUAGUGUCUACUACAAUGAAGCAUCUUCUCUUAAAUAUGUACCCAGAGCCAUUUUAGUGGAUCUGGAACCAGGCACAAUGGAUAGUGUCCGAUCAGGGCCCUUCGGACAUCUUUUCAGACCAGACAAUUUUAUCUUUGGACAAAGUGGAGCUGGAAACAACUGGGCAAAGGGCCAUUACACAGAAGGUGCAGAGUUGGUGGAUUCAGUCCUUGAUGUAGUAAGGAAAGAAUGUGAAAAUUGUGACUGUCUGCAAGGCUUUCAACUCACUCAUUCCCUGGGUGGAGGCACAGGGUCUGGCAUGGGAACCCUCCUUAUUAGCAAAGUUCGUGAGGAAUACCCUGACAGAAUUAUGAACACUUUCAGCGUUGUUCCUUCUCCAAAAGUUUCUGACACAGUGGUAGAACCAUACAAUGCGACUCUCUCAAUCCACCAGCUUGUAGAAAACACAGAUGAAACUUACUGCAUAGAUAAUGAAGCGCUCUACGAUAUCUGCUUCAGGACCCUCAAACUUGCAACACCCACCUAUGGAGACCUUAACCACUUGGUAUCUGCUACCAUGAGUGGGGUCACCACUUCCCUGAGGUUUCCUGGGCAGCUUAAUGCCGAUCUGAGGAAGCUUGCAGUGAAUAUGGUACCUUUCCCACGCCUACACUUCUUUAUGCCAGGAUUUGCUCCACUGACAGCCCGAGGAAGCCAGCAGUACAGAGCUUUGACUGUCCCAGAACUCACCCAGCAGAUGUUUGAUGCCAAAAAUAUGAUGGCAGCUUGUGAUCCUCGUCAUGGUAGGUACCUGACAGUCGCCACUGUCUUCAGAGGCAAGAUGUCCAUGAAGGAAGUUGAUGAGCAAAUGUUGGCUAUCCAGAGCAAGAACAGCAGCUACUUUGUGGAAUGGAUCCCCAACAAUGUUAAGGUGGCUGUUUGUGAUAUCCCACCCCGUGGACUUAAGAUGUCCUCCACUUUCAUUGGAAACAGCACUGCUAUCCAGGAGCUUUUCAAACGCAUCUCUGAACAGUUCACAGCUAUGUUCCGCAGGAAGGCGUUCUUGCACUGGUACACUGGUGAGGGCAUGGAUGAGAUGGAGUUUACUGAAGCAGAAAGUAACAUGAAUGAUCUUGUAUCUGAAUACCAACAGUACCAAGAUGCCACAGCAGAUGAAGAAGGAGAGAUGUAUGAGGAUGACGAGGAAGAAUCUGAAGCACAAGGUCCAAAGUGAAACCUGAAUCAGUCAUUGUCUACCAAGAUGAUUUGAAAAGAUAGUUUACC